GGGCCUGCCCGCGGACACGUGUGCGCACCCGGAAGCGGCGGCGGGACCGGCCCGGGUCAGGUCCAGGCCAGCAUGAUCCCGGGGCUGGGCCCGGGGCUGCAGGCGCUGCUGGGGACGCUGCUCACCUGGGGGCUGACAGCAGCCGGCUCGGCGCUGGUCUUCGUCUUCUCCAGCGGCCAGAGGCGGAUCCUGGAUGGCAGCCUGGGCUUUGCUGCAGGGGUGAUGCUGGCAGCCUCCUACUGGUCCCUGCUGGCCCCAGCCAUCGAGCUGGCCCAGGAAUCCGGGACCUUUGGGGCCUUCUCCUUCUUCCCUGUGGCUGCUGGCUUUGCCCUGGGGGCAGCGUUUGUGUAUGGGGCCGACCUGCUGCUGCCAGAGCUGUCUGCCACCAAAUGUCACAGCGCAGGGCUGGCGUUUGGGGACAGCCAGCUCUGCCUGGCCAUGACAAGGACAAUGUUUGCCCGGGCAGCACCUUGCUGUGUUUGCAGAGUGAGGGUGGCAGUGGCUCUGUGCUGGGGCCAGCCAGGGGUGCUGCUGUCACCUGUGACACCAGGGAACGCACCUGCCUCUGCCCAGGGGGAGGGUGUGGCUCUCACCUGCUUUGCGGGACCAUCACCCUCAUCACCCUCAUCAUCCUCACCAGCCCCAAAGCUUGGCCCAGCCAGGCUGGAGCUUUGCUGGGUGGGACCAGGAGCAGAUCCCUGGAGGAGGAGGCAGAGUCUUGGAGUCUCCCUGAGCUCUGCAGUGUGGGGAACCCCCUGCUCUGAUUGCUUUUAUUCCUUUGCUUUGCUUUUUCCUUCUGGGAAGAGGGGCAGGACCUGCCCAGCUCUGCCCACCUUGGCUGACCCCGACAAGGCUGAGAACGGGGAGCCCUACCAGAGGAGGAGGGGAGCGGGGCCCCCCCUGCCCGAGGGCCCCCCAGCAUUCUCAGCACCCCAGGACGGAGCCGCCCUGGGCAGGAGCAGCAGCUGGAGGAGGAUUUUGCUGAUGAUCCUGGCUAUCACCAUCCACAACAUCCCAGAGGGCCUGGCAGUGGGAGUUGGCUUCGGGGCCGUCGGGAAAUCCCAGUCUGCCACGUUCCAGAGUGCCAGGAAUUUAGCCAUCGGGAUUGGGAUCCAGAACUUCCCAGAGGGCCUGGCUGUCAGCCUGCCCCUGCGUGGUGCUGGAUUUUCCACGUGGAAAGCCUUCUGGUAUGGGCAGCUGAGUGGGAUGGUGGAGCCCCUGGCCGGGGUCCUGGGCGCCUUGGCCGUGGUGCUGGCGGAGCCGCUCCUGCCCUACGCGCUGGGAUUCGCCGCCGGAGCCAUGGUCUACGUGGUGAUGGACGACAUCAUCCCCGAGGCACAAACCAGUGGCAACGGGAAGUUGGCAUCCUGGACCUCCAUCCUGGGCUUUGUGGUGAUGAUGUCCCUGGACGUGGGGCUGGGGUAGGGCAGAGCUGCGUUCCCAGGAGGACACAGCAGAGCCCCGCCCGCGGGAUCGGGAGCCGGACACGCCUUGGCCCGGGACUGGAUCUGUACAUAGAUUUUUGGGAUCUGGUUUGGUGUUGAUUUCCUCUGAUUUUGUACCUCCCCCUCCCCUCUGAGUUCCUGGAGAUGGUUUCCAAGCACAAAUAUGGGUGGGACCUCCCAGAUCCCGGCUUGGUUUUCCUCUUGGAAUGGAUGCUGGAUGACGCUGGGCUGGUUUCUCCAAGGAAAGGCAUUUGGGAUUUUGAUCCUCUCUGUUCUGUCAGAGGCUGGGAAUUCCCUGUCCCAUGUGGAGGCUGGCCUGGGGUCUGGAAAUGGAGUAAGCUCCUUAUGGAGUGUGGGAUUGCACCCUUUUUUGGGAAGGUCGAAGGCAUUAGGACUGUGAUGAGUCUUCCACAUCCUGCUGCUCCUCAGGAACGCUGCAGGGAAUUGCUUUGGGUGCAUGGAGAUAGUCCUGGCAAAUAAAGAUGAAUUUUCUUGGGAUCUCUGCAAGAGGGAAAUGUCAUUUCUUCCUAAAUGUGUCUCAGAGGGGCACUGCUGCCAUGUGCUGUGUCCAGUGCUCCGGGGUUUUCUCUGGGAAAAACCCCAGGAAAGGAGGAUUUGAGUGUUCUCCAUGCAAUUCCAUGGAAAUCCAAGGGAUUCUGGAUUUCAGCUGCUGCUUCCAGCAAUCAGAACUCCCUGAAGGGCCAAGCCAGGGCUCUCCUGCUCCCCUGCAGGAAGGGCAGGAGCUGAGCCAGCACCGGAGCAUCCCGGGAUGAAUGGAUGGAUGAAUGAAUCCCUCAGGAUGAAUUAAUUAUCCCACCCGGAGAGCCACAACCGUGCAAGGACAUUCCUGCCUCUUCUCCUGAUGCUUCCCAAGCUUUUCUUGUGGAAUGGCUCCUCCUGAGCAGGCUGAGGAGUGAAUCCUGCCCAUGCCCAGGGAGGAGGGAACUGCCAGGCUGGGAGGAUGCUGCAAAUCCCAACUCCCCCUCGCUCUCAUCUCCAGCACAAAGGGCUUCCCUAAACCCUCCUGUGGAACACCUGGACCACCUGGCUGCCUCCUGCUGCUCAGUCCCUCUGGAAGUGGGGCUGGGAUGUCCCAGACCCCCCUCCGCUCCCACCGGAGCCAAAGGGAACAGGCUGGAAUAAACUGAGCUCUCCGUUUUGUUCAGUCCUGGUUUUUUGGAUGGAUUCCCUUUGUGUGUCCCUCUGGAUGACCCAAAGCUCCUGUCUGACGAUGGAUUUGACCUUUGAACUGUGAUUGCUUUCAAUAAAUGGGAAAUGGAGUUUGCA